GGAGCGGCGGGAGCCGGGUCGGGGCCAUGGAGGUCCUGCCCGCCGGCGGGGACCGGACCAGGCGUCCGCAGCCCGACGCGAGGCCGGAGGACGCAGGGCCCGGAGCGCCUCUGGUUCCAAACCUGCGACGAGGGGCGCCUCCGGAGGAGCGAGCGCUGGGCUCCCGGGACUCCUGGGUGGGCGAGGAGGACCCGGAGCCCGGCGAGCCGCGGGGCAGCCGCACGGCGUCCCUGGUGAGCGGGCUGCUCACCGAGCUGUACAGCUGCACCGAAGAGGACGAGGCAGCCGGUGGGGGCCGCGGGCCCGGGGGCCGCCAGCGGCGCCGAGACAGCCUCGACAGCUCCACCGAGGCCUCGGGCUCCGACGUGUUCCUGGGCGGCCGCGGCGGCGCGGGCGAUUCCCGGGUGCUGCAGGAGCUGCAGGAGCGGCCGAGCCAGCGGCACCAGAUGCUGUACCUGCGGCAGAAAGACAUGAAUGAACUGAAGACGAUCCUUCGAGAACUAAAGUACAGGAUUGGCAUUCAAUCGGCGAAGUUACUUCGGCAGCUGAAGCAGAAAGAUAGGCUUGUGCACAAAGUACAGAGGAACUGCGAUAUUGUGACUGCAUGUCUGCAGGCCGUGUCUCAGAAGAGAAGAGUUGACACAAAGUUGAAGUUCACUCUUGAGCCAUCUUUAGGUCAAAAUGGUUUUCAGCAGUGGUAUGAUGCUCUCAAGGCAGUUGCCAGGCUAUCAACAGGAAUACCAAAGGAAUGGAGGAGGAAGGUGUGGUUGACCUUGGCAGAUCACUAUUUGCACAGUAUAGCCAUUGAUUGGGACAAAACCAUGCGCUUCACUUUCAACGAAAGGAGUAACCCUGAUGAUGACUCAAUGGGAAUUCAGAUAGUCAAGGAUCUUCACCGCACAGGCUGCAGUUCCUACUGUGGCCAGGAGGCUGAGCAGGAUAGGGUUGUGUUGAAGCGCGUCCUGCUGGCCUACGCACGCUGGAACAAGACUGUCGGAUACUGCCAAGGCUUUAACAUCCUGGCUGCACUCAUUCUGGAAGUGGUGGAGGGCAACGAAGGGGAUGCUCUGAAAAUUAUGAUUUACCUUAUAGACAAGGUACUUCCUGAAAGCUAUUUUGUCAACAAUCUCCGGGCACUGUCUGUGGAUAUGGCCGUCUUCCGAGACCUCUUGAGAUUGAAGCUCCCAGAAUUAUCUCAGCACCUGGAUACUCUUCAGAAAACUGCAAACAAGGAAAGUGGAGGCGGAUAUGAGCCCCCGCUUACCAAUGUCUUCACGAUGCAGUGGUUUCUGACUCUCUUCGCUACGUGCCUCCCUAACCAUACGGUUUUAAAGAUUUGGGAUUCAGUCUUCUUUGAAGGUUCGGAAAUCAUCCUAAGGGUGUCGCUGGCUAUCUGGGCAAAGUUGGGAGAGCAGAUAGAGUGUUGUGAAACAGCCGAUGAAUUCUAUAGCACCAUGGGGCGCCUCACCCAGGAGAUGCUGGAGAGUGAUCUUCUGGAAAGCCAUGAACUCAUGCAGACUGUUUAUACUAUGGCUCCAUUCCCUUUUCCACAAUUGGCAGAGUUGAGGGAAAAAUACACUUACAACAUUACACCAUUCCCAGCCACAGUUAAGCCCACCUCAGUUUCUGGACGACGUGGUAAGGUCCGAGACAGCGACGAAGAGAAUGACCCAGACGAUGAAGAUGCUAUUGCUCAUGCAGUGGGGUGUCUUGGACCUUUCAGUGGGCUCCUGGCACCUGAACUGCAGAAGUACCAAAAGCAAGUUAAAGAACCAAGUGGGGACCAGAGUCUGAGAUCCAAUAACAUUGCGGAGCUGAGUCCAGGAGCGAUCAAUUCCUGCCGAAGUGAGUACCACGCAGCUUUUAACAGUAUGAUGAUGGAACGCAUGACCACAGAUAUCAACGCUCUGAAGCGGCAGUACUCUCGGAUUAAAAAGAAGCAGCAGCAGCAGGUUCAUCAGGUGUAUAUCAGGGCAGACAAAGGGCCGGUGACCAGCAUUCUCCCAUCUCAGGUCAACAACUCUCCAGUUAUAAACCACCUCCUUUUAGGAAAGAAGAUGAAAAUGUCAAACAGAGCUGCCAAGAAUGCUGUCAUCCACAUCCCUGGUCACACAGGAGGCAAAAUAUCUCCCGUCCCCUAUGAAGACCUUAGGACCAAGCUCAAUUCUCCAUGGCGAACUCACAUCCGGGUCCACAAAAAGAACAUGGCGAGGACCAAGAGUCAGCUGGGCUGCGGGGACACCAUUGGGCUGAUAGAAGAGCAGAACGAGGGCUCCAAGACUCAGAACCUGGGGGCAGCGGAGACAUUUUCCUCUGAUUGUGUGGGGACAGCUCGAAGGGAAGGCGGCAGCUUGGAAGGCGGCACUGGGAGGACCAUCGAAGGGCAGUCUCCGGAGCCGGUGUUUGGAGAUGCUGAUGCUGAUGUGUCUGAGGUCCAGGUGAAGUUAGAAGCCUUGGUACUGAACUCAAGGGAUGCUGCUGCUGAAACUGAGCCCAAGGUGCACCCGCCCUGCCAGCGGCACUUCCCGGAGCUGCCAGAUGCAUCUGGAGGAAACAAGGCCCCCGGCAAGUCUCCCCAAGGCAGCCACCCAAAAACUCCCAUCUUUAGCCCCUUUCCCAGCGUCAAGCCCCUGCGGAAGUCAGCCACUGCCAGGAAUUUGGGGUUAUAUGGUCCUACAGAAAGAACCCCAACUGUGCACUUUCCUCACAUGAGCAGGAGCUUCAGCAAGUCCAGCAGUGGAAACAGUAGCACUAAGAAACGGUGACAUCGCUCAGAAACUGUGUAUCCACAUUCACCUCUUCACCUCCGCAGAAGGGUUCCAGCUGGAUGGCUCCAGAAGAGUUUCAGUGGUCCUUUGCAAACGAAUAGAUAGGUUCAGAGAUGAGCAGCGGUCCAUGAACAUGGGAACUGGAAAUUUUGUAAUGGGCGCUAGAAUAGGGAUGUCUUCCCAUCACCGGUACAGUGGGUUCA